CUGGCAAUCUGGCGGGCUGCCGCAGCCAACUUCACGGGAGACGCACCGAAAACAAAACAGAAAAUUGAGGGAAUCAAAGAAAAAACACUCAAAAUGAACGUCGAUCUGCGAUCGUACUCGCGUCACUGGUUAACCGAGUUCAUCGAGCAGUACCAGGAGGAGGAGUGCCUCUGGCAGCCAAAGCACAAUGACUACAGCAACCACGCAGCGCGCAACAAAUCUUACGAUCGACUGGUGGAGAAACUUAAGGAAGUGGAGCCGAAUCCGGAUCGGGCGAUGGUCGUGAGGAAAAUCAAUUCGCUACGCUCUGCUUUUCGGCGCGAAUUCCGCAAGACGAGCAGCAAAAACGACUACGAAACCCGUUUGUGGUACUACGACAAGCUGCUAUUUAUCGCCGAGCACAAACCCAAGCGCCACGAGCUGGGCAGCAAGCCCAAGCGGGAGCUGCAGAUCAGCUUCGACGACGAGGAGUCCAUGGAGUUCGAGGAAGAAUCGCAUCACACAACCACACAGUCGCAGCACAUCGACAGCAUUGUGCCCGCGUCCUCAGACGAAGUGGAGGAGAUCCCAGCCACGGCCAGCAACGUGGUGGUUAGCAGUCAGGGUGCCACCCUCAGCACCAUAUCAGUGACUCCAGCGGAAUGCGUGGCUCUCGUCAAGAGCGAGGAGCAUCAGGCUCACGAAGCGGCGGCGGCUGCAGCACAGGCGCACCAGCAGCUUGUGGCACAUGCGGCGGCUCAGACUUCCAUAGCGGCGGCGGCGACACAGGGUCAUGCCGUCAAGGUUCUGGAGAUCACAUCACUGGACUCGAACUCCCAGCGCGAGAUCCAACAGGCUGUCAACUCCCUGGAACAGCACCAGCAGCAGAUGCACCUUCAGCAGGCCAACGGGCACACCCAGAUGCCCACCAUCCAGAUAGGACGCGAUCAUUACCAGCCACUGUUUGGCAACGCCAGCACGACCGCAUACACCACGACGGCGCCAACGUCACAUCGGCACGAUGAUGAGUACGACGCCAUUGGCGUGAAUGUGGCCAGCAAGCUGCGCGCCAUCAAUCCCACGCAGCGGAUCAUCGCCGAGAAGCUGAUCAGCGAUGUCCUGUUCAAUGCCCAGCUGGACAACCUCACCGUGAACUCAGCCCUCACGCAGUAAUCUCAAUUGUAUUUAAAGUUAGUAAAGUAGAAGUUUCUGUGUCUGUCUUAAGUAGCCUGCAAAGUGUAGUUUCUGUGUCUGUACUAAUCUUUUUAGUCGGUCUGUGUCUCGUCCCCCAAACCUGGCCGGCAUUUGCCGCCUGGCCAGUAGUUGAUUGUACCAUACCGUUUACAUGUAGUUUUAAUUUAUCUAUGCAAUAAAUAUAUUGUAUUUCUUAAGCUCA